AUGGUGCGUUUACUUAAAACCCGAGCAAGCGCGCCAAUUGGAGGGAGCUCUCUCGCUCGCUACCCGCGCGGGUGCGCCGUUCCCCCCACCGCGGUUUCCCCCGCGCCUUGCUCCACGCGCGCGGGGUUGGGCGCGCCCGUGGUGGUGGGGGCAAUGGUGUUGGACGAGGGAGCGGGCGUGGAGAGGGCGCUGGAACGAGGCACCACCACGCCAGGACAGGUACACGUGCUCCGCGCCCCUGCGCUCUGCGCUCUGCCCCCUGCGCCCUGCCCCCUCCGUCCCCUGCGCUCUGCCCCCUGCGCUCCACCCCCUGCGUUCUGCCCCCUGAGCUCUGCGCUCUGCGCCCUAUUCUCUGCGCCCUAUGCACUGCGCCCUAUGCACUGCGCCCUAUGCUCUGCGCCCUAUGCUCUGCGCCCUAUGCACUGCGCCCUAUGCACUGCGCCCUAUGCACUGCGCCCUAUGCACUGCGCCCUAUGCACUGCGCCCUAUGCUCUGCGCCCUAUGCUCUGCGCCCUAUGCACUGCGCCCUAUGCUCUGCGCCCUAUGCACUGCGCCCUAUGCACUGCGCCCUAUGCUCUGCGCCCUAUGCUCUGCGCCCUAUGCACUGCGCCCUAUGCUCUGCGCCCUGUGCUCUGCGCCCUAUGCUCUGCGCCCUAUGCUCUGCGCCCUAUGCACUGCGCCCUAUGCUCUGCGCCCUGUGCUCUGCGCCCUAUGCUCUGCGCACUGUGCUCUGCGCACUGUGCUCUGCGCACUGUGCUCUGCGCACUGUGCUCUGCGCACUGUGCUCUGCGCACUGUGCUCUGCGCACUGUGCUCUGCGCACUGUGCUCUGCGCACUGUGCUCUGCGCACUGUGCUCUGCGCACUGUGCUCUGCGCACUGUGCUCUGCGCACUGUGCUCUGCGCACUGUGCUCUGCGCACUGUGCUCUGCGCACUGUGCUCUGCGCACUGUGCUCUGGUUCCUAUUCCCCUUCUCGCCAAGCCUCCACCCGCCCCCGCCCUUUCCAACCCCUACCCCUCAUGGUUGUCCUCUUCCUCCCUUUCCCCCACCCGUUUUUUACCUCCCGCAUGA